AUGGAAGCUGUGGUCGCUGCAGCCCCCUCCAAUCCAGCAGUGUGUGGCGUCGCAGCAGCAAACACUGCGGCAGCAGCAGGCCCUGUGGCAGUUGGAGUCACGCAGGCAGAUGCAGAUACAGCUGGAGCGACAGGAGCACCUGUUGCUGCCGCUGCUGCGCCUGUAGAACAGUCAGCAGCGGUGGCUCCUGAGGGAGCUGCCGCCUCUCCUUCGACAGGUGAAGCUGCCCAGGAAGCAGCGCAAGCCGCAACACCACAGCAUGCAGAAGCAGCAGGAGACGGAGCAGCCUCCGCGACGAAUGUGUCAGUGCCACGUGUAUCGGCUGUGUCGGAUGCCGCUGCCUGUGUGGCUGAACCUGCUUCGAGUAUUGCUGCAACGAAGGCUUCUGCCAGCAGCAAUCAGAGCAGCAACAGCGGCAGAAAAUCCGUUGACUCGCCUGCCAAGCGCAAGGCAGCUGAUGGCGGCAGCAGCGGCGGCUGUAGGGGGAAGCGACGGAGGGAAGAUGCCGCGGGGUCUCUUGCUGCAGCAGCGGCUGGUUCUGGCAGCAGCAGCAGCAGCGACGGAGGUAGCAGCAGCAGCGAAAGCAGCAGCGCAAGCAGCAGUGAAAGCAGCAGCGGGAGCAGCUCGGAGGAUGAGGAGGCUACUCGUUUGCAGCGGCAGGAGCAGCAGCAUCUGGUGCCGCUUGUGCAGCAAGUGUUGCAGCAGCUGAGGGCCGCCUUCAAACAUCAAGUGCAGCAGGCGGCAGCUCUGCGUGCAAAGCAGAUCGAGCUAACAGGCAUCUGUCCUAUAACCAACCAAGGCACGCCGAACUCGCUUUUGUUGCGUCCACCGCCUCCCCAUAUUCCUUACAGCAAACUUCUUAAAUUCCGGCGACAGAGAAAUCAGCUGCUGAUGAAGCGUGUGGCAGCAGCAGCUGCUGGGGAGGAGUUGCUGCUGCCCUCCUUCACGGAGGAGACUGUUACCGCUGCGCUGGAGCAGUUGGAGGCAGCGGAUGCAGCGGCAGCUGCAGAAACUGCAGCUGCCGCUGCGGAAGCAGCAGCAGACGGCAGCAAGCUGCAGCAACAACCCCCUCCCACCAGGCACAAGCUGCUUCAUCUGAGCGGCCAGCGCUGCUGCACGCACUGCUGCGUGCGCUGCGUGCUGCAACGCAGCAGCAGCAGCAACAACAGCGAUGAUAAGCCUCCAGGGAUGGUUUGCUGUUGCUGUUACUCCUUCACCCCUGUCGCAGGGGAGUCCGAUAGCAGCAGCAGCAGUAGCAGCAGCAGUAGCAGUAGCAGCAGCAAGAGGCGGCAGCACAGCAGCGAGAAGAGCUUUGGGAGCUUCCUUUUUGCGCCACACUAUUCCCACACAGAUGACGACAGCGGCAGCAGCAAGCGUAUGGGUGGUAUGCUGCCUCGACAGCAGCACUCUGCGAUGCAGCAGCGGCCUCUCAGCAGCGCCAGCACGACAAGCAGCAGCAAGUCCACUACAACUGCUGCUGCUGCUUCUUCUGGCGGCUUCUUUGGUGGAGGCAAGCGCCCCAAGCCAUGGGCACCUCGUCUGCCGCUGCAGCAGCAGCAGCUCACCAAAAAAGCUCCUGGUAAGCAUCCUGAUAAGCCUCCUGCAUAUCCUAGCGAUCAGAGCUGGUGUGCGCUUGCCGUUGGCUUUGGGGAGUACUGCUUGGCUAAGCUUUUGGGGGCUCAAGCCUUGCAGCGUGGACGUCUGCGUGCGUGGACGAUUGCAUGUGCAGUUGGAAAGUUUCAGCAGAUGCUGUCAGCGGCUUUGUCUGCGGAUUCGUCGGCAGCCUGGGAGAGUCUCAGCUUUAAAACGGAGGCCCAAGCGAAGGAGUUGGUGGCCAUACUGUUGCAAGCGCCUGAAGGGUUUCAUCUGCAGUGUAUUAAUCUGUUGCAACGCGCUGCUCCCGCUGCGUUGAGAGCAUUUGCAAGUUCUGGUGGCUUUGGGGUUCUGGCUAGGUGGCUAGCAGCUAUUGGAGCAUCGCGUGCACUCUCUGCUGCAGCUGUUGCUACAGCUGACAGCAGUGGAGCCUCCACGGGGACGGUGGCGCGCAGCGCACGACUUCGCCAGCUGCUGCUGCUGCUGAAAUCCUUCAGCAUCCCUGCAGAGGAACCAGGGGCAGCGCAGCUGGUAUCUCUAGUCUCGGCUGUUGCCACUGGACGCGAGAGAGCUCCAGUAUGGUUCGGGGGAGUCUCCAGCUUCUUGCGGAAUCUCGCGGCGCAGAUUCUCAGGCUCUGGCAAAAGGAACGCCAGAGCACUCCAGAUGGUGGAAGCGAUAUUGCGGCUGGGGCAGCGGCAGCAACGCCGCAAAAACAAGCUCCCUCGGGAGGAUCGGCAGCGGAUUCGCUGUUAGAUGGAUUACUCUUGGGGGGUGCAGACCCCGAAUCUCGCCGGCGGCAGCAACAGCAGCAACAGCAGCAACAGCAGCAGCAGCAACAGCAGUCACAGCAGCGGGAUGUAAUGGGCAGCGGCGCUGGGAGCGAGAGUCUUUCUUUCGCCGGAACUGCCGCUGAGGUGCCCAUGGCAGCAGCAGCCAGCACCGACUCAUCGCGCGCGGCUCAUAAGGACAGCAGCAACAGCAACAGCAGCAGCAGCAGCAGCAGCGAAGAGACUCAGGCACUACACAGUAGUCUGGAUUCGCUGUUGCAACUGGGGCGAGCCAUGGAGAUGACAAGAGAGCAGCAGGUUGCCCAGCUGGCUGGGGAAUACUCACCAACAGCAGACACGGAGCCUACUGGCGCUGAACAACCUGCUGCCGCAGCUGCAACUGCUGCUGCAACUGCUGGAGUAUUUUUUGAGCGGGGAAAAAAUCUUGGGCUUUUCCAAGGGGGGUGGAUAAACGGUCUUCCUCGUGUGUCUGCAGCUUCCAAACACGUGCGGUUUGCGGAAGACUCCCACUGCGUGGUUGGCGUCCUCUAUGACCCCACCGAGCCCCCUGUUGCGAUCAAAGUAAACGGCGCUUUGUCACCCUAUAUUUCGUACAAGCAAAAAUGCCAGUUAUCAAUGCCUCGUCGAGCAGGAGGAUUGCGGGCUAGAUUAAGGCUGGCGGUUUCUCGAGUAUGCGGGUGGGUGAGCGCUGCAGGAAUGUCAGCGGUGCAAUGGAGAUGCCCUGGACCGUCUCCGCGCGGCAGCAACGGCAGCAGAAGGGAGUGGAGGAGGACGAGACGUUGCAGACAGUUUCGCGCUUAG